UCUAGCUUUAAAAAAAAUGAAAUAAAACUUCAUUUAAAUAUUUGUAGGCCUAUUUCAGCCAGAGGUUAAUGAAUGUGCAUAUGUUAUUUAUAUAUGUAUAUAUGUACACACUAUAGUAACUAAUCAGUGAUCAUUUCAGACUAUUUAAUUUUUGUUUCGUUUGUUAGAAAGUCGCAGACCAUGUGACUGGAACAUGAUUUGAUGCGCAGUACUCUGUGGCGUUUUGAUGUGUGCGAUUUUUCACUCGCCUUUGUUUUUUCAAAAGGCAAGGACUGUUUUAAUGCAUUGUUUAAUCAAAACAUUGUCAACUUUAAAACGUAUGCACACACAAGCAUGGCCGAACUCUUCAUCAUAUCCCAAGGCAGCGUGUGUUAGACGCUUUUGUCCGUUUACCGCUGUUUUCCCGCUAUAUAGCCAUGAGUAGUGUCGUUACAGCUGACAAACCAGUAGAAAGCUCAAUAAGAAGAAAGCUGACCGACUGCUAUAAGCCUCAAGUGCUUGACAUCAUCAAUGAGAGUUAUAUGCACAGUGUUCCUAAAGGAUCUGAAACUCACUUCAAAGUGUUGGUGGUGUCUGAAGCCUUCGCUAAUCAGCCGGUCAUCAAGAGGCACCGAAUGGUUAAUGAAACAUUGAAGGAGGAACUUGGUGGAUCAGUGCAUGCUCUCUCAAUAGUGGCGAAGACUCCGGAUCAGUGGGAACAGUCGGAGAAGAAGAUAGGAAAGUCUCCAGCUUGUCUGGGCGGGGCAGGACUGUAGUCCACUAAUACAUCUCUUUCCUCAUUGUCACCUUUUGUAUGCUGUGCUCGCAAUCUC